AGGCGGCGUGCGCGUGAGGCCGAGGCGGAGCCGAGCCGCCCUGCAGGCAAGCGGAAACCCGGGGUGUGAUGGACAGGUGACAGAUUUUUCAUUUUGUGUCAGGGAAUCAGAAUGACUGAGUGCUUCCUGCCUCCUACCAGCAGCCCCAGUGAACAUCGCAGAGUGGAACACAGUGGGGUUCUUGCCCGUACCCCGAGCUCCGAAGAAAUCAGCCCUACAAAAUUCCCUGGAUUAUACCGGACUGGUGAGCCUUCACCACCUCAUGACAACCUACAUGAGCCUCCAGAUAUAGUGUCUGAUGAUGAAAAGGAGCAUGGGAAGAAGAAAGGAAAAUUUAAGAAAAAGGAGAAAAGAACGGAAGGUUAUGCUGCCUUCCAAGAGGACAGCUCUGGUGAUGAAGCUGAAAGUCCUUCCAAGUUGAAGCGGUCCAAAGGAAUUCAUGUUUUCAAGAAGCCCAGCUUUUCCAAAAAGAAAGAAAAGGAUUUUAAAGUAAAAGAAAAACCCAAAGAUGAAAAACAUAAAGAUGACAAACACAAGGAAGAAAAACAUAAAGAGAAGAAGUCAAAAGACUUAACAGCAGCAGAUGUUGUAAAACAGUGGAAGGAGAAGAAAAAAAAGAAAAAGCCAACUCCGGAGCCAGAGGUACCUCAGAUCGAUGUUCCAAGUUUUAGGCCGGUGUUUGGGAUUCCUUUGGCUGAUGCAGCAGACAGGACCAUGAUGUACGAUGGCAUUCGCCUGCCAGCAGUUUUCCGUGAAUGUAUAGAUUACAUAGAGAAGUAUGGCAUGAAAUGUGAAGGCAUCUACAGAGUUUCAGGAAUAAAAUCAAAGGUGGAUGAACUAAAAGCAGCCUAUGAUCGAGAAGAAUCUCCCAACUUGGAGGAAUAUGAGCCGAAUACCAUAGCCAGCUUGCUGAAACAAUAUCUACGAGAACUGCCUGAAAACUUGCUUACCAAAGAGCUAAUGCCCCGCUUCGAAGAGGCUUGUGGGAAGAGCACAGAGGGGGAAAAAGUUCAGGAGUGCCAACGCUUGCUGAAGGAGUUGCCAGAGUGUAACCAUCUCUUAAUUUCUUGGUUGAUUGUGCACAUGGACCAUGUUAUCGCAAAGGAACUAGAAACAAAAAUGAACAUCCAGAACAUUUCUAUAGUGCUCAGCCCUACUGUUCAGAUCAGCAACCGUGUCCUGUAUGUAUUUUUUACCCAUGUCCAAGAGUUCUUUGGAAAUGUGACUCUAAAGAAAGUGACAAAACCCCUUCGCUGGUCUAAUAUGGCAACAAUGCCAGCACUGCCAGAAACACAGGAAAACAUUAAAGAGGAAAUCAGACGACAGGAGUUCCUUUUAAACUGUUUACAUCGGGACUUGCAGGCGGGGAUAAAAGACUUAUCCAAAGAAGAGAGAUUAUGGGAGGUACAAAGAAUUUUAACAGCCCUCAAACGGAAACUAAGAGAAGCUAAAAGACAGGAGUGUGAAACAAAGAUUGCUCAAGAAAUUGCCAGCCUUUCGAAGGAGGAUGUCUCCAAAGAGGAAAUGAAUGAAAAUGAAGAAGUUAUUAAUAUCCUACUCGCCCAGGAGAAUGAGAUCUUGACAGAACAGGAAGAGCUACUGGCGAUGGAGCAGUUUCUGCGCAGACAAAUUGCCUCUGAGAAGGAGGAGAUAGAACGCCUUCGAGCAGAAAUAGCUGAAAUUCAAAGUCGUCAGCAACAUGGUCGAAGUGAAACUGAAGAGUAUUCUUCUGAGAGUGAGAGCGAGAGCGAGGAUGAGGAGGAGCUACAGAUUAUUUUGGAAGAUUUGCAAAGACAGAACGAGGAACUAGAGAUAAAGAACAAUCAUCUGAACCAAGCGAUUCAUGAGGAACGAGAGGCCAUCAUUGAGCUGCGAGUGCAACUUCGACUGCUACAGAUGCAGCGAGCAAAAUCAGAGCAGCAGGUGCAGGAAGAAGACGAGCCAGAAAAGCGUGGGGGUGUUUCUCAGCAGCAAAGAGACAGUGUCCUGGAGACAAAAGCAGCUAAAGAGCAGUCAAAGGCAGUCAAGGAGCUAGUCAAGCCAUCACCAAGCAAAGACAGGAAGGAAACUCCAAUUUGA